CUCAUAGACGGCCAUGACAGUUGAGCGUGAGACUGAGAUGGCGUUAACCAGUUUCAUCAACCAGUGAAGGUACUUUUGGAAGUCAAUCCUUGGGCUAGGGCUACUCUUUGCGAGUACCACCUGUGUACCUAAUAAUUCGUAUCUUCUUGAGGCAUCUUAACGCAGAUCAUUAAGUCGAUUUAGGAGGUGUGCAAGGAACAGAAAUAGGCCUAACCUUCGCUUAUUCGGACAAGAUUGCGAAGGACAUUCAUCCCACAGUUGAAGCUCUCCUGGGCUAGCAUUGGCGUGGAGGCAUCGUCAUGAUGACAGUUUCCAUUUUCUCCUUCCAUUGAACGGUGAAUGAGAGUGCAACAGUGACCCAUUGUAUCAAUGGCAUCGCGUGCUGGACCUGCUCAGAAGCCCAAUGGAACUCCCCAAGGGAAGAUUUGCCAGUUCAAACUGGUUCUUCUUGGAGAAUCUGCUGUUGGGAAGUCAUCUCUAGUCUUGCGAUUUGUUAAGGGUCAAUUUCAUGAGUAUCAAGAGAGCACUAUUGGUGCUGCAUUCUUGACACAGACAGUGUGUCUGGAUGACACAACAGUGAAGUUUGAAAUAUGGGAUACAGCUGGCCAGGAGAGGUAUCACAGUUUGGCCCCCAUGUAUUACCGAGGUGCUCAGGCAGCAAUUGUUGUAUACGAUAUCACCAACCAGGAUACAUUUGGUAGAGCAAAGACAUGGGUCAAGGAGUUGCAACGGCAAGCAUCACCAAACAUCGUGAUUGCUCUUGCUGGCAAUAAGGCUGACCUCAGUAACAAGAGGAUGGUUGAACUAGAUGAGGCCAAGACCUAUGCUGAGGAGAAUGGACUCCUUUUCAUGGAAACAUCUGCAAAAACUGCCAUGAAUGUCAAUGAUAUUUUCCUUGCCAUCGCCAAGAAGUUGCCCAAGACAGAAGGAGGUGGUCUUGGGGUUGGAGCUGGAAAAGGGAAGCCAAAUAUCAAUAUAUAUAAUGAUGGAGAUGGUGGAGGGAACCCCUCUGCAGCAGGUGGAAUGACCAGUGAUAUUGGUAGCAACUUGCUAUUAGGUUCAGAGCAUGGGCAAAAUAUUGGUGGAGGAGGACCAGGAGCCAUGGAGGGAGGAAACUCCUGCAUGCCCACUCCAGUCUCUGACCGAAGUGCCCUCAUUGCAGUCCUUCACUUCUUACGCAAAAACAAUCUGCAACAUGCUGAAGAUGCUCUACGGAAAGAAGCUGGAUUCUUUGAUGAACACCUAGAUGAUAGAGAUGGAACUGGUGCAACGAGUGUCUGGUCAGCUUACAAGACAGAAAAUGACCCUGCUUCCUAUGCAGACACCUAUGUGCAGCUGAAGAAGUUUGUUGAGAGUGCCCUAGAUGUUUACAAGCAUGAGCUGUCCAUGAUCUUGUAUCCAGCUUUUGCUCACAUGUACCUGGAACUUGUGUACAAUGGGCAUGAGAAAGAGGCCAGUGAAUUCAUGGCAAAUUUUGGAAAUCAGCAAGAAGAUUAUUACAAGCAAGAUGUUGCUCAGUUAGCAUCUGUCACUCUUCGGGAACAUCUGAGGCGCAAUUCAAUCUUGGAUGGGUUCAAGUCCAGCCAGUUCAACGUGCGCAUGUCCAGAGAAUCAUACAACCUGCUGAAGAAGUUCUUAGAUGACAAACGUCACAGUCUUUUGCUCAACAUUGUGCAAGAGCAUAUAUACCUGGAUGUUUAUGAGGGUGUCCCACGUAACAAGACACAGAUUGAUGCCACUGCAGGUGCUAUGACAGGAGAAGCCAUCCAUGAAGCUAACAAGGCCAAGAUAUUGUAUGGUUUGCUGAAGGAGCCUGAUCUCCAGAUCCCAUUGGAAGAAGAUGAUGAAGGUGGUGGACCUGGAGGAGGUGGGGAAGAGAAGAUGAAGAAAAAAAAGGGGAAAAAAGAUCCCUUGCUCUCUCGCAAAAUGAAAAAUGAUCCAAAUGCACCCCCAAAUAAUCGCCUUCCUCUACCUGAUCUGAGAGAUAUUGACAAGCUGGAGAAAGUGCGCGCCCUCCGAGAAUCCAUGAAAAGAGUAACACUUGGGCCAGAGAAUCUCCCUUCCAUAUGUUACUACACCUUCCUAAACUCUUCUCAAAGGAGCCAUGUCACUUGCAUUAAAAUAUGUGAAGAUUCAUCUACACUUGCUGUGGGAUUUGCUGAUUCCAACAUAAAAGUCUUCAGCCUCAUGCCUCAAAAACUGCGUGCCAUGAAGUCAGCUCAAGAAUUGAGUCAGAUUGACAAGGAUGCUGAUGAUGUUUAUGCUCGAAUGCUGGAUGAAAGCUCUGGAGAGACAUGUCGCACUCUGACUGGACAUUCAGGGGCAGUCUUUGGUGUGACCUUCAGCCCUGAUCGGAGCUUCCUUUUGUCUUGCUCAGAAGAUUCAUCAAUUCGAUUAUGGAGCCUUCUGAUGUGGUCUUGCCUCGUUGUAUAUAAGGGUCACAUUUUCCCCGUUUGGGAUGUGAAAUUCUGUCCACAUGGAUAUUAUUUUGCAACAGCCAGUCAUGACAAAACUGCUUGCCUUUGGGCAACAGACCAUCAUCAACCCCUGAGGAUAUUUGGAGGUCACUUGGCUGACAUUGAUGUGUUGGAAUUUCAUCCCAACUCCAACUACUUGGCAACUGGUUCCAGUGAUCGGUGCCUUCGUUUAUGGGAUUGUGUCACCGGUUCAUGUGUUCGUAUCAUGACAGGUCAUAAGGGACCAGUCCAUUGCUUAGCAUUUUCUGUUGAUGGGAGAUUUCUUGCCUCUGGAGGAAUGGAUUUAUCCAUUCUCAUCUGGGAUAUUGCUCAUGGACAUCUUUUGGCUGAGCUGGCUGGUCAUACAGGAACCUUAUAUUCACUGGCAUUUAGUCGAGAUGGACAUAUCCUUGCAUCUGGUGGAAUAGAUUUUCAGGUGAAGUUAUGGGACUUCGCCAGGCUCACAGAAGAAGUAUCUCUGGAAGAUGUGAAUGUGACACACAAUCCAGAGAUCAAGAGCAAUACAUCUGCUCUUCUGCUGGGAUCUUAUCCUACAAAAAGCACCUCAGUGCUAGAACUGCACUUCACAAGACGAAAUCUCCUAUUAGGAGCUGGGUUUUUUGAAACAUGACGUUUUUACAUUCCCAUUUUUGUUAUUCAUUGGCCCUGACCAUGAAUCUUAUGAGCACCACUCCUAUGGAUGUUCAAAUCUGUAGGAUUGGGAAAGAAAUCUCCCCAUUGUGGCUGUGCAUCCUAGUCUUGCAAUACUGUGAGUUUUGCUCUUUAUUGAGAGUUGCUGUUUAUUUUUCCCUAUACAUCCCAAUGUUUUUUAAAGAUUUGUUUUACUUUUUUUUUCUUGACGUGAUUGGGCAUUAAUUGUAUGAGCAUGAAAUGCCAUGGGCUUAAGUAAAAUGAUUGAAUUUCUGAAUGAUUUGAUC